AGAAAAGGCGGCCACCAUGAAUCGUUUGGGGAAGAAAGCGAAUGAGACCCUUAUCGAGAUGGCUCUGUCAGCGGAUGGGGAAGAAUGCAAUGGACCUUUAUGUGAAACUAUUUCAACUGCAGAAUCAGAAGUCCCAAGCAGCUCUGAGGGCCUAAACAGCACUGAGACUACUUUACUCAUCCCUGAACAUCAAGUGAUUGAUAAAAGACAUCAAAGCAAAGAUUCUAUUUUCUUCAGGGACGGUGUCAGGAGAAUUGACUUUGUUCUCUCCUAUGUGGAUGAUCUUAAUAAGGAAUGGGAAAAAAAGUUGGAAAGAAGAAAAGAAUUUGAGAGCAAUCUGCAAAAGGCUGGUUUGGAACUAGAAACAGAAGACAAGAAGGAAUCUGAAGAUGGCAAGAUUUAUUUUGUGAAGAUCCAUGCCCCAUGGGAGGUUCUGAUCACGUAUGCAGAAGUGCUGAACAUUAAAGUUCCCAUCAAGGAAAAUGACAUUCCCUCAAUGGUGGAGAACCCCCUGGACUGUAUGCUUGCACCGCUCAGGCUUCCCGAGAAGGUGAUGCACCCUGAACCGGAUUAUUUCACGGCACCAUUCAGCAAGGAGAAGCAAGAGCUGUACCUCAUUAAUGAUGAGAGCACUUUCUUCUCACCAUCCAUGAGAAACAGAAUAGUUAAUUAUAUUCUUACGCGUUGCCCAUACGGAACAGAAGAAGGGAAGAAAAAAUUUGGGAUUAAGAGACUGCUAAAUAAUGGCACCUAUUCAGCUGCAUAUCCUCUUCAUGAUUGCCAGUACUGGAAAAAGGCAAAUGAUCCAAACUGUGACAAUGAGAGAUACACGCUGUACAUGGAGUGGGCCCGUUUCUUGCGGUUCUACAAAGAACAGCCUUUGGACCUCAUCAGGAAGUACUAUGGUGAGAAGAUUGGAAUCUAUUUUGCCUGGCUAGGAUUUUACACUGAGAUGUUAUUCCUUGCAGCAGUUGUUGGCUUAAUCUGUUUUCUUUAUGGCUUGUUUACAAUGGAUGAAAAUAUGAGCAGCAAAGAAAUCUGUGACCCUGCAAUUGGAGGAGAGAUCAUCAUGUGCCCUCUUUGUGACCGAGAGUGUGAGUACUGGAGACUAAACACCACCUGUCAGUCCUCAGAGUAUUCCCAUUUAUUUGACAACGUCGCAACUCUUUUUUUUGCCAUCUUCAUGGGCAUAUGGGUUACACUUUUCUUGGAGUUUUGGAAGAGACGGCAAGCUAGACUGAAAUAUGAGUGGGAUUUGGUUGAUUUUGAAGAGGAACAGCAACAACUCCAGCUGAGGCCUGAGUACGAGGCAAAAUGUACCCAAAAGAAGAAGAAUCCUGUAACUCAGGAGAUGGAGCCUUAUUUGCCUAUAACUAGCCAGGCUGUGCGGUUCUGCAUCUCAGGAACUACAGUGUUGUUCUGGGUGUCUCUGAUUAUAGCUAGCAUGAUAGCUGUGAUCGUGUAUCGUCUUGCGGUGUAUGCUGCCUUUGCCAGCCUGAUGGAGAACACUCAAACUUUACAGCCCAUCAGUGGAUUACUGACCCCUCAGCUGGCAACUUCAGUCACAGCCUCGUGCCUGAAUUUUGUCAUCAUCAUGAUACUGAAUUUCUUAUAUGAGAGAAUAGCCAUCUGGAUUACUGAUAUGGAGAUUCCCAGAACUCAUAUGGAGUAUGAGAACAGGCUCACUAUGAAAAUGUUUUUGUUCCAGUUUGUCAACUACUAUUCAUCCUGCUUCUACGUGGCCUUCUUCAAAGGGAAGUUUGUUGGUUACCCAGGUGCCUAUACAUACAUGUUUAAUCGCUGGCGAAAUGAAGAGUGUGAUCCUGCGGGCUGUUUGAUAGAAUUGACGACACAGCUCACCAUAGUCAUGGCUGGCAAACAGAUCUGGGGAAAUAUCCAAGAGGCCAUUGUACCCUGGAUUUGUAACUGGUGGGGACGCCGGAAGGCCAGAAGUAAUCCAGAAAAUUUAUACAGUCGCUGGGAGCAAGACCAUGAUCUGCAGACAUUUGGAGCCUUAGGCUUAUUCUAUGAAUAUCUAGAAAUGGUCAUUCAGUUUGGAUUCAUUACUCUCUUCGUGGCAUCCUUUCCCCUGGCUCCCCUGCUUGCUCUGAUGAAUAAUAUCCUGGAGAUUCGAGUAGACUCCUGGAAAUUAACCACUCAGUACAGGAGACCUGUGGCUGCAAAAGCACAUAGCAUAGGAGUUUGGCAAGAAAUCCUGAAUGGAAUGGCCAUCUUGUCUGUUGUCACUAACGCUUUUAUUGUUGCAUUCACAUCAGAUAUGAUUCCUCGUUUAGUUUACUACUAUGCUUAUUCUGAAAAUGAAGACUCGCCUAUGUCUGGAUACAUAAACAAUAGUUUGUCAGUGUUUCAAAUCUCAGAUUUUCCUGACAGAAACAAGCCUAAACAGAAUCCAGAAAACUUUGUCAUAUGCAGGUACAGAGACUAUCGAUAUCCUCCAGAUCAUGAGAGGAAAUAUUUACACACUAUGCAGUUCUGGCACAUUCUUGCUGCAAAACUGGCCUUUAUAAUUAUUAUGGAGCAUGUUGUAUUCAUCGUCAAAUUCUUUGUAGCAUGGAUGAUUCCUGAUGUCCCUGCAGAUGUGAAAGCCAAAAUAAAACGUGAAAAGUAUUUAACACAGAAAAUCCUACAUGAGUAUGAACUUGAAAAACUGAAGGAGAGACUGUGUCAAGGUGAUAAACGAGCCACGGAAAAGGAGUUCAUCGCCACAGAAGGGAGAAUGGAGUUAUCCAGAGCAAUGUAGUUGAAAAAACAACUGUUUGGGAUUUAGCUCAUCUUAGCUUUUUUUUAUCUGUGAUUUGCUCAGUAUGCAUCAUCUUGAAAGCUAUAGGACAGUUUCAACCCUUUGCUUUCAGUCCAAAGAUUUUAGACUUUUCUUUAGAAGUCUUACUGAGCAUUCUAGGUUUAGUAAAUCUACUUAACUGUAUGACUUCAGCACUGUUUUCUAUUUACCCAUCACUUUGAAUAAUAAGUGUAAUCUCGUAAUCCUAGAAUUUGGAUUCCAGUAUAGGGAAUGUUACCCUCCAAGGGCUCACAGGAUAUGAUAAGGUCAUUACCACCAAGCCCUCCCCCUGUGGCUAAAUGCAAAGUUCCAGGCUGUAUCCCAGCUGAAUGAAAAGGAUAUCGUAGAGGACUCCUGCUGUGGAAAAUGCUGAGAAUUACUAUUCUUAUGACAUGAUCAUUUAAAUAGGAGAACACUCCUGAUACGAGGGUUAGGGUUUGGGGCUUUCUUUGUAUCCACUAUGUCUUAUGAAACAUUUGUUUGCAGCUUUGAACUUCUACACGCUUUUUCGAAGGAAUUGAUUUUUAAAGAUAUAUUGGCGUAAUUCCACUUGGAAUUAUUUAUAGGCACAGAAUUCAGUUAAUACAUACUAAUGAAAGAAAAAAACCCAUAUAAUUUAUUUUCUUAAAGAUAUCAUCUGCCAAAGAGUUUGCUCUUUAAAUGCAAAUAUUGUGGAAUCAUCUAAUUACAGUGUUUUUUUAAAAGAUGUAUACAGCUUGGAGAAGUACAGCUAAUUUAUUUCUCAGUCUCAAAAACUGCCAUUGGAAGAUCAUGCUUGACAUUAGUUUUGGCCAAAGCUGCUCCUUUGUUUGGAUUCUUCCCGUCUCUGUGAAUGCCAACAAAGGGCUAAAGCUGUGUGUCUGUACUCGAUGCAUACUACGGAGUAUGGCUGCACCGUGCAGUGGAUUGGGAGCUGGACUGCCACACUAAUUGAUCUAGCUGGAUGGUUUCUACGUGGAUUUGUAUUCAAAAGAUUUUAAGCAUGCCAAAUAAUCUGUGUUUACGUUGUCAUUGUCCUUAUACAUAGGAGCCUGGG